AUGCCUGCUGCUUCAGAGCCCGAUCAGGGCUAUUGCACAACCAACCAUAAUCUUAUCGAUGUAAUCGGACCGGUGCUAGAGCAAGCUAAGGGCAAAGAUUACCGCAUAUUGCAUAAGAUGGCCGAAGCCAUCAGGAUGAACUUCUCUUCGAGGGGCAGAUUAAGCCUAGUCAGGAUGGCUAUCUUUGAAUGCAGCCUGAUCAGCUUAAUCGGUCAUACGGAUCCGGAUCACCUAGGUGGUACGAUAUCUCCGACCUGGCUAGCCAGAGAGCUAUCCGGAUUAAAGAAGCUGGAAGAAGCCCUACGGCAAGGCUGGUCUCUUGAGGCAGAAGAGGCAGCUUUCCUUGCUGCAUUCACAGGCCUGCUGAAGGUUAUUAGUGAAAGACCGAGUAUUAUCUGGUAG